GUUGGCAACAAUGCUUUAAACGAAACAGCGCCAUUAAUUACUGUGGCAACUUCUAUAAUUAAUAGAAGGUGAAGUAGGGAAAUCACUUUUUGGGGUAAAAAUGCUUUCUAGAGCCGUAAUUGCCUCCAGGCAUCUUCCCUUCAUUAUAAAGUUUCCUAAUAAUUAUGUUAGUGUUAUUAGAGUUGCAAGUACCCAAGUUGCUCAAAAUCAACAGAAAUCAUCUACAAUUGUGGAAGGUCCUGAAAGAGACUUAGUUAAUUUUCCACGACCUACUAGAAGAAUAUAUGGAGGUCCUGUUAGAUUUGGAUUUAUUCCAGAGGAGUGGUUUGAAUUUUUCUACAAGAAGACAGGUGUAACAGGACCUUAUGCAUUUGGUAUUGGCUUAAUAACUUAUUUGAUGUCAAAAGAAAUUGUUGUAGCAGAACAUGAAUUUUUCUGUGGUGUAUCUCUUGCCAUUAUAUUUACUACUUUCAUUAAAAAGUUUGGACCAAAAAUAGCAGAAACAUUAGAUAAACAUAUAGAUAAUUAUGAAGCUGAGUUAAAUAAUACAAAAAACGAUGCCAUAAAAACCUAUGAAGAUGCUAUUAAUGGUGAAAAAUUAGAACAGUGGCGAGCUCAAGGACAGAAGUAUUUGUUUGAUGCUAAAAGAGAAAAUGUACAUUUGCAAUUGGAAGCCGAGUAUAGAAAGAGAUUGAUGAAUGUUUACGAAGAAAUAAAGAAACGUCUGGAUUAUCAGUUGGAUAUGCAGAAUGUUUCCAGACAAUUUGAACAGAAGCACAUGGUUAAUUGGAUAGUGAAUAGUGUAAUAAAAAGCAUAACACCCGAACAGGAGAAGGAGGCUUUGCAAAAAUGUCUUUCUGACAUCAAAGUUUUGGCCACUAGAGCACAAUAAAACAACAAAGAAAGAAAAUAAAAGCUAAAAGAAUGUAGAUUGAUAACAUAGGGAUGAAAGAAUAAAUAUUUUAAAAUUCUUUCGAAAAUUUGUAUAAUUUUAUUUCCUCACAAAAUGUAUUUAAGAAAUGAAGUUAAAAUAAACAAUGUACUAAA